AUGAUUGCUUGGAAGGGACUUGGAACAUCCAAGAACUUCAAAAUGUUGAAAUUGUCAACAAUUAAGUUCUCAACGGCCAGGAUAACUCAUAAACCCAUCUCCACUACUAAAAUCACUAAUAAUGGAUCAAACCCCCAAAUGGCUUUCCCUUGUUUAGAUAAACUUGAACAAAAGACCCAAGUUUUAUCCGGAAGCUGCAAUAUUGAAGGUAAUGUCAAUUCCUUGGAGAACGGUCCUGAACCUUCAUAUUCAUUCGUGCAAACAGGUUUCAAAACUUAUAAAUCCCAUAAACCUAUAUUUUUCGAUCAUGGAGGUUAUUUACCAGAAUAUGAAAUUGCUUAUGAAACAUGGGGUCAAUUGAAUGCUGAAAAGGAUAAUAUCAUAUUAGUCCAUACUGGAUUAUCAGCAUCUUCUCAUGCUAAAUCUCAGGUUGAUAAUGAAAAACCUGGAUGGUGGGAGAAAUUCAUUGGAUCGGGGAAAUAUCUUGAUACCGAUAAAUACUUCAUAAUAUGUACCAAUGUGUUGGGAGGAUGUUAUGGUUCAACGGGACCUUCAUCAAAAGAUCCAGCUAACAAUGACUAUUAUGGUACUAGAUUUCCUAUUAUUACCGUUAAUGAUAUGGUAAGAGCACAAAGAGAAUUAAUCAGAGAUGAAUUUGGAGUUUCUAAGAUUCAUGCUUCAAUUGGAGCUUCUAUGGGGGGAAUGCAAUCGUUAGCUUAUGCAUGGGAAUUUCCCGAUGAAGUUGAGAAAGUCAUUUCUAUAAGUGGAUGUGCUAGAUCCCAUCCAUAUUCUAUUGCAUUACGUCAUACUCAAAGACAAGUCUUAAUGAGUGAUCCCAAUUGGAAUAGAGGAUUCUAUUAUGACAAAAUCCCUCCUCAUAUUGGAAUGAAGUUAGCCAGAGAGAUCGCUACCAUUACUUAUAGAUCAGGACCUGAAUGGGAGUAUAGGUUCGGUAGAAAUAGAGCUGAUGAUUCCAAAUCACCAGCUUUAUGUCCAGAUUUUUUAGUAGAGACUUAUUUGGAUCAUGCUGGAGAAAAAUUCUGUUUGGAAUAUGACGCCAAUUCCCUUCUUUAUGUUCUGAAAGCUAUGGAUUUAUUCGACUUGAGUUCAUCCAAUCGUGAAAAAGCUCUCAAAACCAGAAAAUCUACUGAAGAUGAAUUUUUCAAUCAUACACCAACCUCACAAUCAACUUCGGUACCACCAGAACCUUAUCAAGAGAAGAAGACAUCAGCUACUGUAACUCCAGAAGAAUCUUUACAAGAUUUAAAGAAUGGUCUUGAAAAAAUCGCUCAUAAAGACGUUAUGGUGGUCGGUGUAGAAUCAGAUAUCUUAUUCCCAGUUUGGCAACAAAGAGAAAUCUUUGACGUUUUAUCAUCAAUCGAGAACAAAGAAAGAAACUUAAAGUACUUCGAAUUAGGUACUGAUAUAAGUAAUUAUGGACAUGAUACAUUCUUAUUGAGUAUUGAUCAUUUCGGUCCUGCUGUUAAAGACUUCUUGGGUUAA